AUGUCUUCAAGUACACAGAAAAGCCUGCCCGAGACGCAAAACGCUUCCUCUUUCGUUGAGCUACAUGUCUUCGGAAGCGGCCUGAUGGAGGCUUCGGCAUCACUCACAAUUGACGGCCACCGCGGGACUACCAAAUUCAACUCCUGGAGGUCUUUAGUCAUACACAAGUCAUCAAAUAUACAUCUUUGGUUUGACAUGGGGGUUUCUCAUGAUCUCUCUCAGUACCCUCCUGAAAUCCAAAGGAACCAGCAUUGCGUUUUCAAGGUGCAACCAGCGCCAAAUACAAUUCUCGAAGACGCAAAAUCGGUUGGUGUGGAUCCAAAGACUGUACAGUAUCUUAUACCAAGCCACGCCCACUGGGAUCACGUCUACCCGAUGGGAUCCUCGUUUCCAAACGCAAAGUUCCUCUGUGGCCCUGGAACCCUAAAGGCAGCUGCAAAGUCGUGGCCAGAUUAUCCUGACAGCUUCUUUGACGGUCGCAUAUGGAACCCAGAGAAAGCAGAGCUUCCCAUUGAGGAAAUUCCAACAGCAAAGGAGGCGCCCGCAAAAUGGUGUCGAAUCGGGCCUUUUGAGAAUGGUUACGAUUUCUUUGGGGAUGGGAGUUUCUGGCUGGUGCAGGCUCCAGGUCAUUUCCCAGGUAACUUGGCUGCGCUUGCUAGGACGAAGAAUAGAAACGGGGAAAGGCGAUGGGUUGUAUUGGGCGGUGAUUGCAUGCAUUGCUACGAUCUCGUCCACUACCCUGAAGCCCCCUUUGGGAAGGGUAUUAGUGUGACAGAGUCAGGCACCCUUCAUGAAGACGAGCCGGCUGCUCGAGAGACAAUCCGCAAGAUUGCGUCAUUGAGGAAGGCUUACGAUGGUGAGCUCUUCGUGUGGCCUGCUCAUGUUGACUGUCUGGAGGGUGUUUGGGAAUUCGAUGUCUAA